UUUCCCCGUUGAAAUGUAACGUUUCUCUUGUGAUGCGCGUAUGAAACUUGUUGCCGCACAGCGAAUAAAGGGUGCUUUGAUACAUUUAAUUGUUUACAGGCAGCAGUCAGAGCGGCGGUGACUAGCUACUGUCAUGCUCGGUCGACGGGACGCUCGUUAGACCCACUGUAAUGGCCUGAUGUUGCGCUGUUGUGCCUUGUGAGCGGCCGGACUGACAGCAGCAUGACCCGCCUGAUGUUUCUCGCGGCCGCGGUGUUCCUCCUGUCCGCUCCGGCCAGCGCCUCUCAGGGGGACAAAGAGCCGGUCUACCGGGACUGCGUCAAACACUGCGUCCGGACGAAUUGCACAGGGGCCCGGCUGCGCGGUUUCCAGUCCACUCAACCUCCAUACAUGGCGCUCACAGGCUGGACGUGUCGUGAUGACUGCAGAUAUCAGUGCAUGUGGACCACCGUGGGCCUUUACCAGGCAGAAGGCUACAGCAUCCCACAGUUUCACGGGAAGUGGCCGUUUGCCCGUUUCCUGUGUUUUGAAGAGCCUGCAUCGGCACUAGCGUCUCUGCUAAAUGGUUUAGCAUGUCUGCUAAUGCUGCUGAGGUACCGCAGCGCAGUCCCUCGCCAGAGCCCCAUGUAUCACACCAUCACCGCCUUCUCACUGGUUUCCCUAAAUGCAUGGUUCUGGUCUACUGUAUUCCACACAAGAGACACCUAUCUAACAGAGAAGAUGGACUACUUCUGUGCGUCAGCUGUCAUUCUCUACUCCAUCUACUUGUGCUGUGUCAGGACGUUGGGCUUGCGCAGACCUGCAAUUUCCAGCAUGGUGGGAGUUCUGCUCAUUCUGGCCUUCACAUCUCAUGUGUCUUAUCUGACCUUUGUCAGUUUUGACUAUGGGUACAACAUGGCUGCCAAUGCCUCCAUAGGCAUGAUAAACUUGCUGUGGUGGCUGUGUUGGUGUUGGCUGAAUCGGAGGAUCUUGCCGUACUGGUGGAAGUGUGUGAUGGUGGUGCUCUUACUGCAUGGACUUGCCCUGCUGGAGCUGCUGGAUUUCCCUCCGCUCUUCUGGGUUCUGGAUGCUCAUGCUGUCUGGCAUCUCAGCACUGUGCCUGUCCACUUCCUCUUCUACAGUUUUCUGAUAGACGACAGCCUUCACCUCCUGAACACAGAGAAGCCUGGAGUGAAACUGGACUAGGAGGAAUCAGUCUCAGAACCACAACCCCUCCUAUGAAAUCCUUCCCAUCAGGGCAAGUGCACGCCGGACUGAGCCAGGCCUCAUCGCAGUGGCUUUUCCGGCACAUGUCCUGGGGCUCAACUUUCCAAUUUCACCAUUUUCUUGUGUUUACAUUUACUUUUUACCAUAUUUUAAAAGCAUAUUUUAUAAUUUAAUUUAAUUUUUGCGUUGUACUGGUCGUCAUUUGGUCCGGUUUUGAAGAUGUGCCACUUUACUAUAGUCGAAACCUGAUUGAUAUUUGCAUUCACUGAGCUUUGCCUUCGAUUGAAAAGAAAAUUAGCCUUUCUGAACCACUUUAUCAACACUGCACACUUUUAAGAAGGUGCACGGUCAUUGCUGACAAUUACCUUUGCAUAUCUCCAAUUCAUAUCCGUCUACAUUUGUUCUGCGUGACUUAAUAGCCCUGAAGUGAAUAUUAUUCUGAGAUUAGAUCGAUUUUUACUUUAAUAACAUGCAUUUGUUUUGUGUGCUGAACUCAGGAGGGGUUAUGAGUGAGCAGUGUGUGCUCUGUUUCUGAGACGCGUGACGGUUUUACAAUAUGGUGCAAUAUCAUGAGUGACCAGCAGACGGCGACAGUGAUCAUUAGAUUUUACACUGUUUACUGUUCUCUGAUCUCCCAGCACUGACUCGUGAGUGAUCGAUUGGGCAUUUUGUUGAUGUGCAUAUCAAGUUACCCAUCAUUUUUAUUGUUUACCUUUUAACCAUUUUUAACUUUUAACCAACUUUAAUCACUGGAGAUUUGAAGGAAUAGUUCAUACAUAAUGGCAAUGGUCUUAAAGUAUAUAUUUUUAGUGGCACACAUAACCUAAACACAAUCCCAAGUAAAAUUACUCUUGCAUCAUGCUUUACACACUGCUCAAAAUGUACUAUGGUUUAUUAAUUAAUCUUGGGUAUUCUUGGGUACAAUACUAAUCCAUUAGAGGCAUUGAUUGGACAAACAUGACUAAUUGUACAAUAUGGCUCUAAUAUUGCAUAUCCUCAUAUUUUACACACUGAAAAAUGAUUCAUUGAAUUAACUUUUUUUUAGGGUAAGUGAUUGUAAACAAUUGGGCUGAAUUUAAACAAUUCAAUUUUAAACUGAAAUUCAU